AUGAAGUGGACAUUAUUGUUCACGGCGGCCAUUGCGGCCGAGGUCUCUGCCCUGAGCUUUCCAGCUGACCACCCGCCCGUCGCAUGGAAGCCCGCUGGUCCCAAUGACAUGCGGUCUCCAUGUCCUAUGCUCAAUGCCUUGGCGAACCAUGGCCAUCUGCCCCACGAUGGCAAGGACAUCUCAAAAGAGCAAACCAUCAAUGCCUUUGGAUCAGUCCUGAACAUCGACAAAGAAUUUGCCGAGGCCCUCUUCGCGAACGGGAUGACGGCAAACCCCAAAGAAAAUGCAACUACCUUCUCCCUGGACGAUCUCAAUCGCCAUAAUGUGCUGGAGCACGAUGCCAGUCUGAGCCGCCAAGAUUUCUACUUCGGCGACGAUCACCGAUUUAACCGAGAGGUCUUCGAUGAAACACGCUCCUACUGGACAGGCUCGUUCAUCGAUAUCCAGUCGGCAGCCAGAGCUCAUGUGGCCAGAGUGAAUACAUCCAACACGACAAAUCCGACCUUCGCCUUGUCUGAUGCUGCAAUGACGACCGCCCUAGGCGAGUCGGGAUUCUGUAUCGUGGUACUUGGUGACAAAACCGCGGGUACAGUGCAGAAGAAUUGGGUCGAGUACCUUUUUGAAAACGAGCGACUUCCUUACGCAAUUGGAUGGACGAAAGCCCAGAAUAGCAUCUCGUACUCCGAUUUUAAUGACAUGACCUCACGGAUAAAGAGCGCCUCGGAAAGCUCUGAGUUGGCAGAGCAGAGCUGCAAGACUCUUGAUGACUAUGGCUUGCAAUUAUAUUUGAUCUAG